AUGGACGGACUAGCGGACUUCCACCAUGUGGAAUUUCGUGUAUCGAAUGCAUUACAGACAUCUUUUUGGUAUUGCUGCUGUCUCGGCUUCAACCGUUUUGCUAUUCAAAAAGAUGAAAAAACAACAGCAAUAGCGAUACGGAAUGGAAAAGCUAUAUUCGUUAUCAAGUCUAAUCAUGAUGACUUGAAUGAAGAAAAUUCUAACCAGAUACGUGUUCACGGUGAUGCUAUCAAGGAUAUCGCUUUUCGAGUAGAUGAUAUCGAUGCAGUUGCCGAGUGCUGUGAUAAAGAAGAAACAGAAACAACUCUGCUUGUAAACUACUACACGCCCUUACGUGAGUUGGCGUCAAUCCAGAGAUUAGCCAGUAAUCGAGUCGAAAUCUUGCUUCCAAAGACCAUUAUUCAAGACGAUAACGGUAGUGUAAUGUUACUGAAGCUGCAAGCUAAGGACAGUGACAUCACUCAUACUCUUGUUGACGACAAAGACUACCAUGGCCUGUUCCUACCUGGUUUCCAGCCAUUGCUGGAUACUGGUGAUGUUGUUUACCCCAGGAAACCCAUACCAGUGGUCUUUGUGGAUCACGUAGUGCAAAACUAUCCAAUCGGUACCAUUGAGGAUGCUGCUGAAUGGUAUAAACAGAGUAUGGCUUUGCAUCGGUCAAUUGACGAUAGGAUCACCACUUCUGAAUACUCGGCGAUGAAGGCUUGGCUAAUCACUAAUGGCGACCAGAAAGUGCAAAUGACCCUAGCGGAGGCAGUCCCUGGAAGAAAGGGAAGGAGCCAGAUAGAGGAAUUCGUAAAAUACAAUGGUGGACCCGGCAUCCAGCAUAUUGCUCUUCUUGUGGACGAUAUCGUAAGUACUGUAAUAAAAAUGCGGGAAAGAUCUGUGGAAUUCCUACAUGUUCCUCCCUCAUAUUACGUGUUGCUUGAGGAACGGCUAAAGAAUUCGAAGGUUCAUCUCAAGGAGGAUAUAGCUAAACUACGCGAACUUUGCAUAUUGAUGGACUUUGACGACAACGGCUACCUUCUGCAGUUGUUCACAAAGCCGGUUCAGGAUCGACCCACGUUAUUUAUUGAAAUCAUACAAAGGCGGAAUUUCAAGGGUUUCGGAGCGGGUAACUUCAAGGCCUUAUUCGAUGCCGUGGAACGAGAACAAAGACUGAGGGGCACAUUAUGUGAAGAGACAUAG